AUGAAGUUUGGUGAGCAUCUUAGAAACGCUCUCAUCAAGAGCUACAGCUUCUACUACAUUGACUACGAUGACUUGAAGCAUCAAUUGAAGAAGGGGUUGAAGGUCAACGAUAAUGUGUGGAACAAUGAUUUGGAGGAAGAGUUUUUGAACACCUUGGAAAACGAAUUAGACAAGGUUUAUUCCUUCACCAAGGUCAAGAAUACUGAGGUGAACCGUCGUAUAAAGGAUUCGGAAAAAUAUGUUUACGAAGUUGUUGGAGCAUUGAGCAACCCACUGGCUGCUCAACCUCUGGAACAAGAUUUUGAAGAGUUGGAAGAAGAAUUGUCGGAUAUUAUUGCUGAUGUUCACGAUUUGGCCAAAUACACUCGGUUGAAUUACACUGGGUUCCAAAAGAUUGUGAAGAAGCACGAUAAGACCACCAAGUUCAACUUGAAGCCAAUUUUCCAAGUCAGAUUGAAUGCCAAACCAUUUUAUAAGGACAAUUACGAUGCCUUGAUUGUCAAAUUAUCGAAACUAUACGAUUUGGUGAGAACAAGAGGUAACCCUGUUAAAGGAGAUUCAUCAGCCGGUGGAUCUCAGCAGAAUUUCGUGAGACAGACCACCAAAUAUUGGGUUCAUCCGGAUAACAUCACUGAGUUGAAGUUGAUUAUCUUGAAACAUUUACCUGUGUUGGUUUUCAAUGCUGAUAAGGAGUUUGAAACAGAAGACUCAGCCAUUACGUCGAUUUAUUUCGAUAACCGUCCUUGUGAUUUAUACUACGGAAGAUUACGUAAGGACGAAGGUGCUGAAGCCAUUAGAUUGAGAUGGUAUGGGGGGAUGAAACUGGAGCAAAUCUUUGUGGAAAGAAAGACACAUAGAGAAGAUUGGACUGGUGAAAAGUCGGUUAAGGCAAGAUUUGCAUUGAAAGAGAAGAAGGUAAAUCAGUUUUUAAGUGGUGAAUUUACUGCUUCUCAAGCUUUUGAAAAGAUGAGGAAAGAUGGUAAGAAAUCAGUUCAAGAAAUUGAUAAUUUGGAAAGAUUGGCCAAAGAAGUUCAAUAUCGAGUUCUUAAAGAUAAAAUGAGACCGGUGAUGAGAUCUUUCUAUAAUAGAACAGCUUUCCAAUUACCUGGUGAUGCUAGAGUUCGUAUUUCUUUGGAUACGGAAUUGACCAUGGUAAGAGAAGAUAAUUUCGAUGGUCAUGAUAGAACUAAUGGUAAUUGGAGAAGAAUGGAUAUUGGUGUUGAUUAUCCAUUCAGUCAAUUACCUGAAGCUGAUGUCUGUCGUUUCCCAUAUGCUGUUUUAGAGGUGAAAUUACAGACUCAAUUGGGUCAAGAACCUCCUCAAUGGAUUAGAGAUUUAAUUGCUUCUCAUUUGGUUGAAGCUGUCCCCAAAUUCUCCAAGUUUAUUCAUGGUACUGCAACUUUGUUAACUGACAUGGUCGAUUUAUUGCCAUUUUGGUACACUCAAAUGGAUAUUGAUAUCAGAAAACCAAAGAUCCAAAACGAAUAUGGUAUUAAUAGACACCAAAGAACCAUCAAAUCUUCAAGUAGUGGUGGUGAAAUGGAUGAAGAGGAAUACCUCGGCAAUGGUGUUAGCUUCUCCAAUGAUAUUAACCCGUUAGAAGAAGAUUUGGAUGAAUCGACUCCUUUAUUGGUUCCUUACCAACAAAAGAGAUCCUCAAAUGCUGUGCAGAACUUCUUCAACGGGAUCUACGGUUCUUUCUUGCACUUUUUCAACGAUGACAGAACCUUCACUGUUAAAGCAGGUACUAACUUUGACUUGAACCAAACAUUUUCCGAUAAAAUUCCAAAGGGUAAAACCAUUGCUGUUCCCAUCCGAAUUGAGCCUAAAGUUUAUUUCGCAGCGGAAAGAACUUUCUUAUCUUGGUUAUCUAUUGGUAUGAUCUUAUCUGCCACGGCUACAACUUUAAUGAAUUAUGGUAACCGUACUGCAUUGACCGCUAGUAUUGGAUUCUUUAUCAGUGCACUUUUCACCAUGACUUAUGCUAUCUACAGAUACAUAUGGAGAGUGGUUAAUAUUAGAGAAAAGAAGAUUGUUCAAUAUGGUGAUAAGUUUGGUCCCAACAUGGUCUGUUUCCUUAUUGCUGCAUCCACAUUUGCGACAUUUAUUUUCCGUUUCUUGGAUGUCUGA